ACCUUAGCUACGCUCGAAAUUCAACAUGGCGAAUAACAUGAACAGUGAAGAGUCCACCCCAGUAUCGCUCACAGCACACAAGAGAGGCCACCUGUAUCAUGGAACUGCACCGAGGACAGCAGAUCUCACCAAGACACCUGGAGGAACAGUUGCCAAGGUAACCUUCAAUGAUGACGAGGCAGAGCGUAGGGAGAGGCGUUUCUAUAGUAACCUCGCUACCAUGAUUAGUCCCGGCUGCCACACUCCUCGAUCCGCUGUGCAUUCAUCCGCGAAAAGAGGCAACAAGUCAGGAGUGGAGUCAGUUACCAGCUCUCUCACUAACACGCAACUCAAGGAGCAUUACGCCAACUGCGUUAAACUGUCCGCUAUGAAUAGGAUCAAUGCGAAGAAUGCGUUUGGACUCCACCUCAUUGAUCACAUGAUGCAGCUACUCACCAUUCAGGGGGAGAUGACCAACUUCCAGAUGGCUAGCUCCACGCUGGAUGCCAGUGCCAAGAUCUACGCUGGUCGGGUGGACUCCAUCUACACAGACGCUUAUAAGGUCCUCACUGGGUUCGGACGAGAGAGUCAGAAUGAAGCAACUGAACAGACGGAGCAGGACGGUGAAAACAAUUCUGAGAGUGGAAAAGGAAAAACGAAAAAAACCACCAGCAGCGGAGUGAACAAAGUAUUGGAGAAGAAUGUGAAGAACUUGAACAUCAACACAUUUGAUCUGGAGUACCAGGUGGACCCUCUGUUCAAGAAAACAUCAGCUGCCUUUGACGAGGGAGGAGUGGAGGGGUUGCUCAUCAAUCACCUGCACACUGAAGCUGGGUUCACACUGUCGUUGGAUGCUGAUGAAAUACUCAACCAUAAUGAACAUCCCACCACUACCAGUGUGGACCUGCCCUCAGAAGAUAUACUCAAGAUAAUAAACGUUGAUCAGGUGCGAAGCAGACAGCUGUGUCCGACCUUCACUGGUCUCUUCUCUGAUAAUAACGAGGAUGGCUGGAGCAUGGAACAAGCUACCUCCAGUGUAGGCAAGAGUUCUUCACACCAGUCCACUGAUAUAGGUGCUGAGUACAGCAUGCUACCAUUCCCACCCUCUGUCCCUGACCUGACUGUGCGUGAUGAUGACGGGAUGGAGCCAGCUGGACCUAUGGGAGACGCUGAGCUGAGUCCGGCUGAAGAUAUUGCUGACUUGACAGUUCUCGGCUCGGAUAAUAAAAUGGCAGGAUUCAUUCCCACUACCGUGCCCAUCAACUCUGCAGACAUAGCGGGUGGCGAGGGUCCACUGGGUGCACUCGUUCUUGCCGAAGCCAUUCAAAAGUCCGAGUAUUCGUACUUUUCACCCUCCGUCCUGGCAACAUGGGCGGGGCCAAAGCACUGGAAGAUUCAGCCAAAGACAGAUAAUUCUGACAAAGAUGACAAUAAGCGUAAGAAGAAGAGACAAGCUCCAGCUCAGUUUAGCAUUGACUUUACCGAGACCCCAGAUGACAGCCAGUUCUCAAAGGGAAAGGCAUCUGUUCAACUGAGCAAACCUGUACUGGCGCGACGGAACAGCUCCACCACCACACUGCCUGAGAACACUGGCACCAAGGUGGAGGUACUCUGGAAGCUGUUCACAAGGCCGAAGUGGGAGGUGAAGAGGAGACGUGGUAAAACUGCUCAAAUGGAGGAGGACCAGUUGGAAGGCGAUUGGUACGACUAUGAGAAUAAUCAUGACAGCGCUAAUUUCUGCCCACAAGUGGAAGAGGAGAGCGAUGGUGAUAUAGACGCAGGAGGCAUGGCUGACUUCCCCCUAGACUCACAGGAUGUGGACGACCCUUCACAACCCCUCACCGACCUUAUGCUAGCUGGGGACAACCUUGUCCCUCAACCACGAAAGGUGCAACAGAUUCACAUAGAGUACGCUAAGACUGCCAAGAGGUUGGACGUCAAGAAACUAAAGGGGAAGAUGUGGGAGCUCCUUAGUUCAGCAGAGAGUGUGCCCAGUGGAGAAGAACAGACAGACAGUGGUGGUGGUGGUGGGGAUAGACUAAGCUUCAGCUCCAUGUGUAGUGACCUACCCUCUAAACUAACGGCUGAGAUGAAGAGGAACAUCUCCGUGCCCAUUGCCUUCGUGUGUCUCCUCCACCUGGCUAACGAGAAGUGUCUGGAUAUACAGGGUGUUGGUGAAGACCUCUCAGACCUGGAGAUAGCCACUCCGCAGCAAACUGUCACUAGUUAGUUUGUCUCUUUCAAACACUCCAUUAAUUACUACCAGCUGACAAUUAAUUAUAAGUUUUGAUGAUGCAUGUAUUAUUACGUAUAUAUAAUAUUAUUAUUGUUGUGUUUCACCAAUUUUAAUAAACUAUAUUCCCUAUAA